AUGGGUCAGGCAAUGUUGGUAAACGAAGACUAUCACCGUUUCUCUAACUACAGUCAGGAUGUGCCACAGCAAAUGACAAGCAUGCACCUCGCGGCCUAUUUUGGUCUGAGCGACAUUGUAGCGGUUUUAAUCAGGAAUGGGCAUGAUCCAAACACCGAGGAUUCUUAUAAGCGGACACCACUGUCCUGGGCAGCAGAGAAUGGGCACAAGGAGGUCGUUUGGUUGCUGCUCGAGGCGGACGGAGUCGAUCCCGAUGCCAAGUCAAAAUCUGGAAUGACACCGCUAUCGUGGGCGGCGUGGGAAGGACAUGCGGCAGUGGUAACGUUGUUACUCGAAAAACACAGCGUUGACCCUGACCCCAGAGACUCUGGCACCGGACAGACACCGUUGUCAUUGGCAGCAUGGAGAGGACAUGGGAUGGUAGUGUGGCUGCUGCUUGGAAACGAUCGAGUCGAACCAGAUUCCAGAUCAGGGCCUGGACAAACCCCGCUAUCUUAUGCUGCAGAGAAGGGACACGAGACGGUGGUACUACUGUUACUCGCGAAUGAUGGCGUCGACCCAGACUCGAGAUCUAGCGUCGGACGAACCCCACUGUCGUAUGCUGCAGAGGGCGGGCACGAGGCCGUAGUUCGCAUCCUGCUCAAAAAUAGCCGAGUUGACCUUAAUUCUAGAGACUCUGUCUACGGGCAGACGCCGUUGUGCUGGGCAGUUUGGAAGGGUCAUGAGGGGGUAGUGCGAUUGCUACUCUCAGACGACUGA